CAAGACGACAGAUUGAUUGGCCGACAGACGACAGACAUGAACAGUGUCCACGGGCCUGGGCCGACGCCGCCAGCACACAGCUCGUACGGGGCUCCGGAGGACGCAGACGACGCUAGAGAUUCAAAAAAGGCGGCAUUGAAAGCGCGGCGCCGCGCUAGCAAGGCGGCUCGACGCGCGGCGGCGGGCCUGUCGGCGCGCGCGCCCCGCUUCGGCGCGCGCAACGAGAAUCGCGCGGCUGUAUUCGUCAAGUUCCUCGUCGAGACGUUUGGCGUCGAGCGGCUGCGACGCGAGGGCGUCUGCGACGUCGCCGGCGGGCGCGGAGAAAUCACGUGUCGGCUGGCGCACUGCCACGAGGUGCGGUGCGUGCUCGUCGAGCCGCGCGAGGCCGUCGACCUCCAGGCGACGGUCCUCAAGCGCGUCGCGCCGCGGCUGCCCGCGCGCUACCGGCGGCACCUGGAGGAGGCGGGCCGAAGCGAGCGCAUCGAGCGCCUCGCGACGGUCGUCGAGUCGCCGUUCCCGCCGCGCGACGCGGCGCUCGCAGCGCUCGUCGCCGGCUGCGGCAUCUGGGUCGGGCUGCACGCUGACGGCGCGACCGAGGCGAUCGUCGAGGAAGCGCUGCGCGCGCGCAAGGCGUUCGCGGUCGUUCCUUGCUGCGUCUUUCCUAGGUUCUUCGCUACGCGCGCGACGGAAGACGGCCGGCCCGUGCGUACGACGGCGGACCUCGUAUCAUACCUCGCGGCCAAAGACGCCCGGACCUGUACCACGACCCUGGCCUUUGAAGGCAAGAACCGUGUGGUAUCGUGCGACGCGUCGGCCGUUCGCGUCGCCGCAGGCCCGGCCGACGUCUCUUCCGCCGUCCUCGCCAACGAGCCCAUCUUGAUUGAGGAUUCCGCCGCAACGUGGCGUGCGACGCGGAGCUGGACCGCCGACGGAAAGCUAGUUGUUCAGAAUGUCCAGCGUGAUUUGGGGGACUGCGUGGCGCCAGUGGUCGCGGGCGAUGGCGCGCGCACCACCAUGCGGGUCCGAGAGUUUCUGACGACCCUGCACGACGAGGGCACAGGCUACCUCAAGGACUUCCACCUACACUGCGCCUCGCCCGGAUGGUACGCACCGCCCCCAGGCCUCGAUGACGACUGGCUUAACAGGUUUUGCGACCGGGAGGGACGAGACGACUUCCGUUUCUUGUAUCUCGGCGGCGACGGGAGCAGAACUCCAUUGCACGCGGACGUGCUCUCGAGCCACAGCUGGUCUGCAAAUAUCUGCGGGGCAAAAGAAUGGUGGCUGUUCCCGCCAUCGGAGACGAGCAAGCUCCAGGACGCGGCCGGAGUUUAUGUCGACGACGUGCGGCUGGGAUUUUACGACGCUGAGCGCUUUCCACGCGUCGCUGACGCCGCGUGUCUCAGGGUAACGCAACCGCCACGGUCCACACUCUUCGUGCCGUCGGAUUGGAGACAUAUGGUCGUCAACGUCGGUGCGACGCUUUCGAUCAACCACAACUGGUUUGAGGCCGGCGCUAUCCCGAAUGUCUGGCGCUACCUCGAUACUGAGGCACGCGCCACCGCGGCCGAGCUCGAGGCCUGCCGUGCCGACGUCGAAGGAAGAGGCGGCGAGUUGUCAGAGUUUUUGUGGCUUCGCGAGCGCGUGCUCCGUGCGUCUGCGAGACUCAAUGUCUCUGACUUCGUCGCCAUGUGCCGCAGCGAAGUCUGCGCGCGCGAUACGCUCGCGCCGGCCGGCAGCGCGCCCGAAGACGAGAGGCGCGUCCGCGACGGCGUCAGUCUCGCGCUCCGAGCCGUCGCCGCCGACCAUGCGGGCAGUCUCUUCCUCGACGAGUCGGGCACCUGGCCCCGCGACGAAGACGCCGCGUCCUGGUCAAGAUCGGCCAGAGACCGGGGCACCGCAGCGCUCGCUGAGGUGCUGGCGGCGCUGGAGCCCGAGGUGCUUCUGUAGAAAAUAUGGGGCUGUGAUGUGUGUACAGCCAGCAUGGUCAUGCCAGCGGUAUUGGCGACUGAGGUCAUAGGUGAAUCCCCGUGUGAAUAUAUAGCACUGGAUGUACUUCUAGUAAUAGAUGGGUAAAAGGGU